GAGGUAUACUAGAGAUAACCGCGUAGAGCUGCGUGGAUUCGUACGAAGACAUUUCGGGUGCAGAGAACUGUACAACGAUGACCCGACUAAGCGAGGCUAGGCGUCUUGGUAUGGCAAACAUUUUCGAUGGAGUAGAGCAAAAUGAACUUGCCGAAGCGUUGUCGUCGUACUUAGAGCAACAACUUGUGGAGGAGAUACACAGUGCGCUUCCUCGGCGGCGGUGCGCCAUGCCGGACAUUUUUGACGGAAUUUCUGGAGAGGAAGUGCGUGAGAUAUGUCAACCUGCUGAUGAGGUGUCGAGUGGGUUGAUGACGUGUUUGGGUGAUGUUGGUGUCGAGUUUGAUGUCGCUAGAGUGCUGAGGACGCGUCGAGGCGCUGUGUCUGAUGUUUUGGAAAAUGUUACUGAAAUGGAGCAUGGAAAUUUGAAACGUAUGAAGGGGUCUGCUCUUAGCCGAUGUCUUGAGCGCAGCGAGAGCGUUAUUAACUACAGCUACGGCCGGCGUGGGGCCAUUUCUGACAUUUAA